AUGGAAUUAUUCAAAUUACAAGAAUCUUCAAAAGUGAAAAAGAUGACUGAGAAGAUAGAUGAGUUCCAAAGUAACAGAUAUUCACUGGAAUUGGUCAGUUUCAGAGACAAUUUAACCAGUCUGGAUCGACUUGUGGACAUAAAGAUCCUCUUUCAAAGAAUGCUUCCAAAAAUGCCCAAAGAGUACAUCAUGAGACAGGUGAUGGAUCCACAGCAGUGCAAUUGCACGUUAGUUGACGAGAAGAACGAGCUCAUUGGUGCAAUUUGCUUCAGACCCGCCUACGAAAGAAACCUGAUUGAAAUUGUCUUUUUUGCGGUGGACUCCUUCAAGCACAUCAAGGGCUACGGUGGAUUUCUGAUGAAUUGUUUCAAGGAAUUGGUUAAAAUGCAGUUUAGCGAAUACUGUAAGGAGCCAAGGAACUUCUUAUCCAACAAUAUCACAGUCUCAGACAUCAACAGCCUUCUUGAAAACAAGGCAGUUGCAAAGAAGCAAAACAGCAACAAAAAAGUCAAAAAGAGCCUAGAAUUGAUCAAUUUGUAUUUUAUGACGUACGCAGACAACUCAGCCAUUGGAUUCUUCAGGAAGCAGGGGUUUACGGCUGACAUCCAGUCAACAGCCUGGAAGGGAUACAUCAAGGACUACGAUGGUGGGACACCAAUGGAAUGCAAGAUACACGGAGACAUGAACUACUUGAGACAGAAUGAGUUAUUGAUCAAAAUGUACGACAAAAUCAAGGAUAAAAUGGGAGAGAUAAACGAGUAUCACGAGGUGAGGGAGACAAAUGAUCCAGUUUUGAAUUCAAUGGAGGACAAUGAGCCACCACAGACUAAGAUUGGCUUCCUACGAAAUUAUAUUGAUUUCAUGAUAGCAGAACUGUAUGCGAAUCCAUCAGCCUGGCCGUUCUUUGAUCCAGUCUCAUCCAAGGACGUGCCUGAAUAUCGAUCUGUGAUAAAGCAGCCCAUGGACAUGUCUACGAUCAAGAUGAAACAUGCAAAUGGGGAAUAUGCUGAAUUUGAUCAAUUUGAAGAGGAUGUGCUUCUGAUGGUCACAAACUGCUACAAAUUCAAUGGACCUAACACGCAGUACCACAAGUGCGCCCAGCACAUUGAGAAGUCGUAUAGGACACUCCGAAACAAGUACAAAUCCACCAUCAACAAAUAUUUGUAA